AUGAAGCUCACUCCUUUCCUCGCUCUUCUCUCUGUCGCCUCCUGCCUGGUCACUCCACGCAAGGAGAGCAACAUCGACGACUUGCGUUACAAAUGGCUCCUUUGGAAUUUCCACUAUAACGGGGAUGAGGGUGGCGACGUAUGGUUCUUCAACAUUACCAACCCCGCCGCAUUCCCGAUAGAACCCUUGGUCAACGCCGACUGCGAAAUUGUCGCGACCUGGCUCUGGUGGCAGCCAUGCUCGAUCUUAAGCGCAAUGACGGCUGACGGGAACCAAGGUGUUUGGGUGUUGCCUCAGCACAAAACCGACACGAUCAACUUUAGGAUCAUGCACAGCUUCACAAUCAAAUCUUCCAACCCGCACAAGUUCUACAAUGUGACAGGCAACUUCAAUAAGAAUUGGCAGGGAGUGACGUAUCCGGUGAACACGACCGUCUACCCUUCGGAUGUGUCUCUCACAAAGCACUGGAUUUGA